AUGGCACCUUCUCAGGGUCGACUCUCGCCUUUUCCCCGCAAGAACAAUGCACACUGGUUUGACGAAGAACUUGACGACGAACGACCGAUCUCUCCCGCAAUGUCCGACCGAAACAAGGCAGGGACUCAUUACCUUCGUUUCUUCCCAGAGCUUUCCACUCAUUUCACCCUUACAUCUCCGGCCAGCGCUACCUCGCAAACGAUGCAGUUGCCUCGCACCCAAUCUCCGUCGUCACUCUACCCUUCUGAGUCUGCACGACAAACUUCGUCUUCGUUGUCAUCGAGCGACCUUCUCGAUCAUAACUCGUCAUGCUAUAGUCGUCGAUCCUCGGUAACGAGCCAUAACUCCGAUCCCGGCAAAUUUGGCUUUAAAUCCGUGGAUAACCUCUCGCUCCUCUCCCCUGCGGCUGCAGGUGUAUUCGACGAUGCGGCGUCCACGCGCCACGCUCCUCCCAGCCCGUUGAGGAAGAAACCCACGUUGGCAGAGUUGAAGGAUAAACCCUUGCCCUUAGAGCCUAUCAUUCAAUUAGCUCCGUUGUCGGUUCGUCGUGGUCCUCGCGACCAGUCCCAGGGAGCCGGAAAUGGUCUGAAUGAGCAUGGCACUCUGGCCGAUCAGGUGCGUUCGGGAAAGCAGAAGCGUGGUCAUCACCCGACUCUUUCUCAGGCAGCCGAUGAUCUAGAGAGCGCUCUUGCUGGGGUUGCGGAUCAGCCCGCUCGGUCGCCCAAUACCUAUCAAGCCAUGGAGGGGCCGUUGCAGAUAAGCCGUGGAAAUAUGGACAUGAUUCCUUCUCGACGACCACCUCCGCCUCCCAUCGACGUACAAAAAAGCGAGCAGCUACGCGUUGCGAAAUCACGCGAGGAUCUAAAGCCAAAGAAAACCCCCAAGAACAAGAUGCCCUUCACCUUCAACUUGCCCGGUUUCGGCCGAAAGCCUAACAAACCCGACUCUCGCUCACCAAGUAGCUGCGACGUUAGACCCGAAACCGAGACUCAACCGGUGCGUGAAAUGGACAGGCUGGGUCCAAUGGGGGUCGAGGACCAUUUCGAACACAGCUUUGAACCGAGAGAAAGAUAUGACUCGAUGGAGCUCCCGGUCUUCAUGGAAUUCGAGCAUCCGCCACGACCCUCGUUUGAGACUAGCGAACGUGAACUGCGUUUACAACUUCCUCGUCUACAGACCAACGAAAUUCAUGCAGAUCAAAGGGCCCCCAGCCGCGCGGGAACCACUCCCAUCGGCACCACUCCCGUCGGUACUACACCCAUCGGUACCACCCCUAUCGGUACUACGCCCGUCGGAAGUAUUAGCCCGGGAGGCCCGGUGAUCAUCUUUGAAAAGGGCCAGGAUGAUGUCCGCGAAGAGAAGAUAUUUAUCUCGUCUAGCAAGGAUACAAAUACGGAUGACCAUGCGCACUGUGAACCCGAGCCGCUAACCCUUUCGAAUAUGGUUUACGAACUCCAUGGUGACUCUCCGCAGCAGAAAGUAGACCCUGAUUGCCCACUUCGGAGAGAGUCCCUUGCAUCCAUGCCUUCCUAUUUACCUGACAAGAUUGUUCUUUUGAUCAUGGAACGUGCAUGUUCCCUCGAUGAUCUGUUCCACAUGGCAGUAAUUGACAAACAGUUCUACCGUGUUUUCAAAGACCAUGAGCUGCGCCUGAUGAAGAACACUGUCCUCACAGUCUCGCCUCCGGCGUGGGAACUCCGCGAAAUGAGCCCGGCGUGGGAUUGCGAAUGGCAAAUUCUAGUCGACCCCGAUGCACCGGUCCCCGAAUACACUCCUUUUCUCUAUCUCCAGCGCUACGCUCAAGAUAUAUUUACGCUUGCACAGCUCAAAUCGCUUAUUCUUGCACAAUGCGACGCUUUCCUCCGCCCAGAAACAAAAAGUGGUCUCCUGGGUGCGGAUGAGACCCGGGCGUUGGCGGUCGACGAUGCUUUCUGGCGCAUAUGGACUUUCUGCCGCAUCUUUGGUUGCGGAAAGAACAGAGAAGGAGAUAUGAUGGGCCAGUUGGAUUGGCUAGACGGAGGGAUUGCUGCCAUGGACAGAAGCAAGUCCUCAUCAAUGUCCGUCACCGAGCCCUUCGGUGUCGACCAUGUUCUGUUCGAUCCCCCAGAGGGUUUCGGUCGCGGUAACCGAGGCGGACUAUCGCGGGAUCAGCUGUACGAUAUGACCGAGCUGUGGACAUGUCUCGGGGUGUUACUUCAACCACUCCACGGUAUGUGCCGCGAGGCACGGGAAGCUGGGAUAUUUCAAGGUCACGACGCUCCGGAAGCCGAUCCUCUGAAAGAGGAAGCGACACUAGAAGAAUGGACUUACUACAUCCUCUCGCUAGGCCCAUCGGCGGUCUUGAAUGUCGGACUAGCUUGUUUCACAGAUAGUACUACGGCGACGUUCCAAAGAGCCCAAGCGCUUGGGUUGACCAAAUGGGAGCAGGCCGAAUCAGGCGUCAGCCGCUUCAGCUUUUUGAAGGAGGCGGUUUCGAGAGGCUACAGACCACGGGAAAGCACUCCUCCUAGGGGAGUAUCGCGGUCAUCCAAAGAAAGCUCUCAUUCGACUGGCUCCCAGGGCCAUGUUUCCCGAAAGAGUAAUGACUCCAACGAGAGUGGCUCCCAAGUCCCCCAGCACCGUCGUAGGCAAUUGGUCUACGCGGAGCAGCUUAGAAACCAAAAGAAGGAACCCCAGGGUCUCGGCGUCAAACCCAAUGCUGAUGAACGUCCGAUCUCAAAUUAUGGCGCCAUAAUGCACCACAUAGAAGGUCACCAGCCCAGACGCCCAUCGCCUGUCCCAUCACCUGCUCCUGCUCCGCCUGCAAUGGCUUCGCAAGUUCCUUCUUAUGGCGAACCACAUACGCAACGUCUCCGGGUUCCUUCGCCAUCCGCUCCUUCCUAUCACCCACAGGUCCAUGAUCCUGUCGACAAAGCCAUUGCCAUGAUGGUUGGGGAUCUUGGCUAUCAUGAGGAAGAUGCCAAAUGGGCAUUGAAGGUCACCGAUACGGGAGAAGGGAUCGACGUUAACGCUGCGGUCACGCUGCUAAUGCGGGAGCAUCAGAAUUUCGCUCUACGUAGAGACCCGUCUCUGCGAACCCAGCCCAAGAGUCUUUUCUCAUCGGUGAUCAACAGUCGAGAAUCUGUGAACAACGGGUGGAGAUGGGUCUAA